AUGGCUGUUCCCGGCACUCAGAUCUCCAAGAAGAGGAAGUUCGUCGCCGACGGCGUUUUCUACGCUGAGCUGAACGAGUUCUUCCAGCGCGAGCUGGCUGAGGAGGGCUACUCCGGCGUCGAGGUCCGCGUUACUCCAACCGUCACCGAUAUCAUCAUUCGCGCCACCCACACCCAGGAGGUCCUUGGCGAGCAGGGCCGCCGCAUCCGCGAGCUCACCAGUCUCAUCCAGAAGCGCUUUAAGUUCCCCGAGAACUCCGUCUCCCUCUAUGCCGCCAAGGUUCAGAACCGCGGUCUCUCGGCUGUCGCCCAGUGCGAGUCGCUGCGCUACAAGCUCCUGAAUGGUCUGGCCGUCCGCCGUGCCUGCUACGGCGUUCUCCGCUUCAUCAUGGAGAGCGGUGCCAAGGGUUGCGAGGUUGUCGUCUCCGGCAAGCUUCGCGCUGCCCGCGCCAAGUCCAUGAAGUUCACUGACGGCUUCAUGAUCCACUCUGGCCAGCCAGCUCGUGAGUUCAUCGACACUGCCACCCGUCACGUCCUGCUCCGUCAGGGUGUGCUCGGUAUCAAGGUCAAGAUCAUGCGCGGCAGCGACCCUGAUGGCAAGUCCGGCCCCCAGAAGACUCUUCCUGAUGUCGUCACUGUCAUUGAGCCUAAGGAGGAGACCCCGGUUGUUCAGCCCAUGAGCCAGGACUAUGGCGCUAAAGCCGCUGCCGCUGCUGCGGCCCAGGAGGAGCCGGUCGAGGAGGAGGCUGCCCCCGCGGAGCAAUAG